AAUUAGUCUCAGUUUAUCUAUCGCCAAAUGACAAGAAGUUCAACCCUUGUUGAGGCCUGCAUGUCUCUGUGAACGUUAUUACUCUAUCUGAUGAUCAGGCCCUCCUAACUUUCCAUUGGGCGAUCAUUUUCCCUCUGGCACAUAAUUGUUGCAGAAACUUAACUUGAAGACACUUCCUAGAGAUCUUUCUUUAUGGAGAUUGAAGCGGACAUAAGAAGUGGCUCUCUCAUUCUGCUGAAGCAAGGAGCUGAAGCCAGGGUUUUUGAGUCUGAUUUUGUGGGAAGGAGAUCAGUUGUCAAAGAGCGCUUCUCAAAGAAGUACAGGCAUCCAAUUUUGGAUUCUAAACUUACUCUAAAGCGAUUAAAUGCGGAGGCCAGGUGCACGACCAAAGCAAGACGGCUUGGGGUUUGUACGCCGGUGCUGUAUGCUGUGGAUCCUGUGUCACACACAUUAACGUUUGAAUUUAUUGAGGGACCUUCAGUGAAAGAUGUAUUUCUUGAAUUUGGGUUACAUGGUGUCAAUGAAAAGCAGUUGGAUGAUAUUGCAUCCCAAAUUGGCGAUGCAAUUGGAAAAAUACAUGAUGGUGGCCUAAUUCAUGGUGAUUUGACCACCUCUAAUAUGCUGCUGAAGAAUGGCACCAAUCAGUUGGUCCUCAUUGACUUUGGUUUGAGCUUCAUUUCAACCCUACCAGAAGAUAAAGCUGUUGAUUUGUAUGUUUUGGAAAGAGCCCUUCUUUCAAUGCACUCUUCAUGUGGGAAUGUGAUGGACCGGAUACUUGCAGCAUAUCGCAAAUCGUCAAAGCAAUGGUCAUCCACAUUAAACAAGCUGGCGCAAGAGGGAAUAUCACGUCAUGAAGGACCUUUUAUUUCGUACGCCAACCGGAGGACAGAAAUCACCAUGCUUCAUGCUGCCAAGCUUGACACGAUUGGGUCUGGUUUGAUUCUAUAAUGGAUAUUGUUUUAGGAUGUGUUGGCUAAUAUGAUUGGUCUUGCUCAGUGUUAUGUUUUGGGAAUCCAAAAUUUUACUCCUUCUCUCUGUCCAUAAGAUCUAACGACGCGUCACGCAUUUAUAUUUCGAUGCUCGUUUAAGUGUGUGUAUAGUUCGUCCUUGCUUGCUUGUUAUUCUUGGAUGUUGCAUUUCAUUAUUAAGAUUGUUGACAAUAUUUAUGAGAAUUCCAUGGCGUGGUUAUGUGCUGCAA